AAACACAACCCUUCACCAAAAAUAGACAAUCAAAGAAACAUCAACAUGGUAGAUUUACCUGGCCUACAAAAUCAUGAUCUUAUUUUAGGUUUCUAAUUUGUCCUAAUCAAAUCGAUUAAAAACUUUCUAAUUAGAGAUAGGGCCUUUUUUUUUUUUUUUUUUUUUUUUUUGAGGGGGGAAGAGAUGGUGGGCCCUUAGCCCCCAGCAAAAAAACCAUGAAAUGAACAAGCACGUUUCAGCAUCUGCCUUUCUCAAUUUCAUGAACCGCUCCAUUUUCCGACCUCCUAAACUGCCGUAUUAAUGCCGUUUUUUUACAUCUCCAUUAAUUUCUUUCUAUCUCUUUCUCUCUCCUCUGUUAAACGUUGAUCAUCUUCCUUAGAAAAAGCAAGCGUUUCACCAAAAAAAAGUUGGUAAUAUUGCCAAUUUAGAAAGUAAUCAAAUUUCAUUAAAGAAUCAUUAUACUUGUGCUUGGUAAUUACAUUUCACGUUGUUAAGAGAGAGAAAGAGGAAACAACUUUUUGGGUGUCAUCUAUUCUUCUAAUCUUGCCUAUUGAGUAACGGAUUUGAUUCGAAAGUUUUUCUUCUGAUUUGGGUUUCUGCUGAUUUUUUCUGGGUUUUGUUUGUUUUUCACAAAUACGGAGAAAAUUCAUAGAGACUAGGGAAGAAGAAGAUGGGUUUGUGGAGUCCGAUACUUCGGAUUUUUAGUGUGAUUUUUGGGUUUGUCGGAUUUGGUUUAGGGAUUACGAUUGGUCUUACUGUUGGGUAUUAUCUCUUCAUUUACUUUCAGCCUACCGAUGUCAAGGAUCCCGAUAUCCGUCCACUGGCUGAGCAAGAAUCUGAUAAACUUCAGCAAUUACUUCCUGAAAUACCUCAUUGGGUGAAAAACCCUGAUUAUGAGCGUAUGGACUGGCUGAACAAGUUUAUUGCCCAGAUGUGGCCCUAUCUGGACAAGGCAAUAUGCAAAACUGCAAAGGAUAUUGCAACACCUAUCAUAGCUGAGCAAAUUCCAAAAUACAAAAUUGAUAAUGUCGAAUUCGAGAAGCUGACUUUAGGGUCCCUUCCACCAACCUUCCAAGGUAUGAAAGUCUAUGUGACAGAUGAGAAGGAGUUGAUUAUGGAACCAUCGCUGAAGUGGGCAGGAAAUCCUAACAUCAUUGUUGGUAUAAAAGCAUUUGGCUUGAAGGCAACAGCUCAGGUGUUAGAUCUUCAAGUAUUUGCUUCUCCUCGUAUUACUUUCAAGCCCCUGGUACCAAGUUUCCCAUGUUUUGCCAACAUAUAUGUUUCUCUUAUGGAGAAGCCGCAUGUUGACUUUGGACUGAAGGUUCUGGGAGCUGAUCUUAUGUCAAUUCCAGGUCUGUACAGGUUUGUUCAGGAGCAAAUUAAAGAUCAAGUGGCUAAUAUGUAUCUUUGGCCUCGUACACUUGAAGUACCUAUUCUGGAUCUUGCAAAAGCUCUGAGGAAGCCUGUAGGAAUUUUACAUGUAAAGGUUGUAAGAGCAAUGAAGCUGAAAAAGAAAGAUCUCCUGGGUGCAUCAGAUCCAUAUGUAAAACUGAAGCUCACCGAUGAUAAAACACCAUCAAAAAAAACCACAGUGAAGCACAAGAACUUGAAUCCUGAAUGGAAUGAAGAGUUUAAUUUGACAGUCAGAGAUCCACAGACCCAGACUUUAGAAAUUAAUGUGUAUGAUUGGGAGCAGGUUGGCAAACAUGAGAAAAUGGGUAUCAAUGCUGUUCCUUUGAAAGACCUUACUCCUGAUGAGCCAAAGGAGUUCACUCUUGAUCUCCUUAAAAAGAUUGACCCAAAUGAUCCUCAAAACGAGAAGUCACGGGGACAGAUUGUGUUAGAAUUGACAUUUAAAGCUUUUAAAGAGGAGGAUCUUGGAAAAGAUUUUGAAGAUUCAGUGCAACAAGCACCUGCAGGAACACCCGCUGGUGGUGGUGUACUUGUUGUGAAUCUACAGGAGGCUCAAGAUUUGGAAGGAAAGCACCAUACAAACCCGUAUGCACGUGUCAUUUUCAGAGGAGAGGAGAGAAAGACCAAGACUAUCAAGAAGAAUAGAGAUCCAAGAUGGGAUGAGCAGUUUCAGUUUGUUCUAGAAGAACCUCCAACAAAUGAUAAGCUGCAUAUUGAAGUUUAUAGUACCUCGGCAAGAAGUUUACUGCAUCAAAAGGAAUCUUUGGGAUACAUUGAUAUCAAUCUCAGUGACGUCGUCAGCAACAAGCGGAUAAACGAAAAGUAUAACCUGAUAGACUCGAAGAAUGGCCUCAUCUUGGUCGAGCUCAUUUGGAGAGCUGCCCCUCCAAAGUCGUAAACUCCUUUUCUUUUUUAUAUACAGAGUAGAAAAGAUGCUGCUGAUUUUUUUUACAUUACUACUGAAAGGUGAUUUGUUUCUGUAAAUGUUGAACAUAAUGGUAGUUCUGUUACUAUGAAUAGCAGAAUAGUUUCUUUAUUUGGUAAAUGA